UUAAAAUUGGACGAAAUAAAUGAAAUUAAAUAAAUGAAAUAUGGCGCCAAGGAUGAUCUUUUUUUCAAAUGUAGCAAAAUAAGCUUUAAAAGUAUUAUACUUAUGCAUUUAUUUAUAGACCAAAUAAAAGCUCUGGGGAUUUCCAAUAUUAAUUUUCCUGUAUUGUACCAAUAAGUUUACAUACAAAAUUAAUCAAUAUUAGAUUCAGUUCAAACUGUUAAAAAUGUUGCAUUUAUAUAUUCACCUAUUUGUAUAAUUUCUAGUGCUUUUUUUCAUAUAAUCUCUCAUAAAAUCAAUUGUUAACAAGCACUUCAUAGAGAUACUGUAAGGUCAAUAAUAGUUAAUAGUUCGGCAUAGUCAUUUGCCCAUUGUAUAAUUUGCAUACUAGAGAACUAGGCCCUAAAUUAUUACAAAGACGAUUACUCACCAGAGAGAAGUAACAGUAACAAGGACAAUUACUCACCAGAAAAUGGAUCAAAAACAUAAGAAAAUAUUACGCAAAAAUCGUCCAAAACUUGAGGAGGAUUUACAAGUUGAUGAUAUUUGGGCACAACUGAUUUCCUAUGAGGUGUUUGUUCCCGCUGACUAUGGAGAGAUGUUUAAUCCAAACAGAAAACCGAUGGCAACAAUGCUAGACAAAUUGGAGCAGAAAGGACGCACGGCAUUUCAGCUUUUCGUAAAAGCUGUGAGCGAGUCAGGCAAGGCACAUCUGCUUGAUUGCUUGAAUGACAAGGAAUCAUCCCAAGAAAAUGAUGAACCAGAGAAACUAAAUGAAGAACUGGUGGGAAACAACACAGGUUUUGAAUUUACAGUGAAGAAAGAGUUUCAAGAUGAACCAGAUUUGAAUGUUAGUGAUCCACCUAGAUCAUGCACAGGAGAUUGUGCCAAAAAAAUCAGACAACUCCAAGGAAUGUUGAAAAUAUUUGAAAAGGAAAAUGCUCAUCUGAAAAUAAAGAAUGACCAAAUCAUGAAAAUGAAUAGGGCUACAGAGGCUACCAGGGCCAAACAAGAAACUGACAACAGAAUUAAAACAUGCCUCCUCUGGGAGAAGAACAGAAUGCUUAUGGAACAGAAUGAACAUUUCUACAAUGGGCAAAACCUCUUGUUUUAUCAGAAUAGACAGCUAUUGGGUGGGAACACAAGCCUGACAAAUGAGCUACAACAGAUGAAAUCGACACGGAAGAGAAGUUUCAACUAUGAUGCUAAUGACUCCAACUGCAAUCCAAAAAAGAAGAAGGAUACAUAACAAAAUUGGGGGAAAUAUUUUUGGGUUCAAUUUCAAUGCUACUCUCUCAUUGGUGAACUAUUUUCCUUCCUAUUAAAGUUAACCUAAUGAAUUUAGAUGAAGGUGCAACUUUGAUUGUUUAUCUCAAUUCUAUAUUUAUCCUUCCCAUUAGAGUACCUAACGACUUUAGAUGAAGGUAAAACUUUAUUUUCCCUUCCAAUUAAAGUUAACCUAAUGACUUCAGAUGACGGUACAACUUUAAUUAUAUCUCAAUUCUAUAUUUUCCCUUAUCUAAUGACUUCAUAUGAAGGUACAACUAUAAUGUAUAUCUCAAUUCUAUGUUUCCCCUUACUAUUAAAGUUAACCUUAUGACUUCAGAUGAAGGUUCAACUUUAAUAUAUAUCUCAAUUCCAUGUUUCCCCUUACUAUUAAAGUUAACCUAAAGUUUGAAUACAUUGUACUAUUUAUGUUGUGUGUGGAGAAACCAAUAAAAACAAACAAACAAACAAACCUAAUGACUUCAGAUGAAGGUACAACUUUAAUAUAUAUCUCAAUUCUAUAUUUUCCCUUCCUAUUAAUGUUAACCUAAUGACUCAAGAUGAAGGUUCAACUUCAAUUGUUUGUUUCAAGUCAUCCUUUUUGGAUACAGAUGAAUUUCUUCAAUGAUCUUCCUUCCUUUAUUCCUUCAUUUAUUUAUUUAUGCAUUCAUUCAUUCUAUUAUUUGUAUGUUCAUUUGUUUAUUUCAUUAUGCAUUCAUGCGUUAAUGCAUUUUAAUUGUUUAGUAAGUAACAACUUUAAAGCAUGUUCUGUUUUACACUAGGCAAAUAUAUUCAUACAAAUCAAAAGUGUCAGUUCGUUUCCUGAUUAGUUACGCAUUUUUUGCUUCGUGAAAAGUAUAAACAAUUCAAACUACUGACUUCGCUGAAGCAAAAAACUCUAAUAAAAAUGUUAAUGUGCAUGAACCGACGCUUUUGGUUAGAGCGAAUAAAUUCCCUCAGUGUGUUACCACAUUUUAAUUGUUUAGCAAGCAACAAGUUUAAAAGUAUGAUAGUCUUACACAAAAUGGUCAGACUGUACUUACUAUGCAUAUUAUACUGUAGCAAUAGUAUUUGGUCUUACAAUCUCAGGGAUAUAAGUUCAAAUCCUAUACUAAUCACAUUGUUUGAAUGAGAAGGUACUUAACUUUGUAUCCUCAAAAAUUAGGUUCCUUGUUAUGAUUUUAAGGGAUGUGUAUAGUAUAUAGGUGAACACACAGUGUAUCAGAGCAUGAUUAUGUGAAAACUGCACAUGUGAUUCCUUUUGUAACGACUAGGUUUUUUAUAAACCGCUUUGUGUACAUUCCUUGAUGCACAUUCCUUGAUGCACACUUUUUGGUAGAAUUGCACGAAUUAGAAACGCACAUUGCUAUAAUAAUAUUUUACAUACAAAUAUAUAUUUUUUUAAAAGUGUUUGGAUUUUAUGUGUAAUUUUUGAUGUGUAUUCUUAUUUUUAUUGCUAAUAAUCAAAUAUUUCCUCAAUCAAAAAUUAAGCUGUACACAAUUAUAGUUUUUUUCAAAAGAAUAGCAACAGAUGAGUUGCCAUUAAUGUAGAACACAAUAGAAGCAACAUAAAAAUGUUUUCUGAUGUCAGAGAUUUUAGCCUUCUUGAAAUUGAACACCGAUUCUAAAUUCAUAGUGAAUUCAACACCUGACUUGAUAUUCCUGGUAUAUUUUUGUACCAGAGAGUGCCAAAUUCACUAUCUAUGAUAUCUCUAUAGUACUGGUACAACUGAUCUAUGUGCUUCAGAAGUAACAUAAUUAUGAGUACAGUAUACAGGUGUCAUUUUUCUAUGAUCCACACAUUAAUUUAAAACAACUGCUGUCUGUUCAACAGAUUUGAUUUGAUUUUGAUUUAAUAAAUCAAACAAGUAAAUAAAAAAGACAUGAAGAACAAGCAAAAUUACAAGAAUGACUAUUAGAAAA